AUGUUAUUCAAAAUUUUAUUGCUUUCUUCUAUUGCCUGCUUGGUGAUUGCUACGGAGGAGCAAUGUAAAGAACAGUAUACGGAAUGGGACCAAUCGACGGAAUGCUCGCACAUUUGCGGUCGUUUCGGAACAAAAACGACGAAAAGAACGUGUAAACCAGGAUGCACAUGCAGCGGUGCCCUUGAGCAAGAGGUGACAUGUCCAAAGAGGCAAUGUCUUCAUCCAAGUCCCCGUUGCGAUACCGGAUACCGACCAACGCUCAAUUGGGAACGAAAGAGAUACGAAUGCCUCUCUGAAAAUGAAAGAACCGCGAUGUCCGGUGUGGUGAAAUCAAAU